GCUGACAAUGGAUCAGUAAAGGUCAUGGGUUUCUCCCAGUGACGCACCUUCCUGCAUGGCUUCCAGACAUGCUAUGCCUCAGGAGCAUCUGGAGAACCCCACUAUUCACAGAGACUCCCUGCUUGAGCCUCACUCUGCACUAGAUCUCUUCCAUCACAGAGGCAGAUACUUUUGAUUUCAUCAAGUUUUGAAUGAUUUCGACAUGACAGCAGAGGAUUCCGCUACAGCAAUGAGCAACGAUUCUACCACCGUGUCAGCCGCCAAAGUUCCUGAAGGUAUAGCUGGGGCACCUAACGAGGCCGCCCUCCUGGCCCUCAUGGAGCGUACAGGUUAUAGUAUGAUACAGGAGAAUGGGCAGCGCAAAUACGGCGGGCCUCCCCCGGGUUGGGAAGGGCUGCACCCCCCGCGUGGCUGCGAGGUCUUCGUAGGUAAAAUUCCCCGAGAUGUGUAUGAAGAUGAGCUGGUACCAGUAUUCGAGUCAGUUGGACGUAUCUAUGAGAUGCGACUGAUGAUGGACUUUGAUGGGAAGAACAGAGGUUAUGCCUUUGUUAUGUACACUCACAAGCAUGAAGCCAAGCGUGCCGUGCGGGAACUGAACAAUUAUGAAAUCAGACCAGGCCGACUUCUAGGAGUCUGCUGCAGCGUGGAUAACUGCCGACUGUUCAUCGGUGGCAUCCCUAAGAUGAAAAAGAGAGAGGAGAUCCUGGAAGAGAUCUCCAAAGUGACUGAAGGCGUGCUAGAUGUUAUUGUGUAUGCAAGCGCAGCAGAUAAGAUGAAGAACAGGGGGUUUGCAUUUGUGGAGUAUGAGAGUCAUAGGGCAGCGGCCAUGGCCCGGAGAAAGCUCAUGCCUGGAAGAAUCCAGCUGUGGGGACACCAGAUUGCAGUAGACUGGGCAGAGCCAGAGAUAGAUGUCGAUGAAGAUGUCAUGGAAACCGUUAAGAUCCUGUACGUGAGAAAUCUGAUGAUUGAAACAACUGAGGAGACGAUUAAAAAGAGCUUUGGCCAGUUUAACCCGGGCUGUGUAGAGCGAGUUAAAAAGAUCCGAGAUUAUGCAUUCGUUCACUUCACCAGCCGGGAAGAUGCCGUGCAUGCCAUGAACAGUCUCAAUGGCACCGAACUUGAAGGCUCGUGUCUUGAAGUUACUUUGGCCAAGCCAGUAGACAAAGAGCAAUACACACGCUAUCAGAAGGCAGCCAAAGGAAGUGUAACAACAGAAGUAACGCCUCAGCAGCCUAACUAUGUUUACUCAUGUGAUCCCUAUACGUUGGCGUACUAUAGCUAUCCCUACAAUGCUCUGAUUGGGCCCAACAGAGAUUAUUUUGUGAAAGCAGGGAGCAUAAGAGGCCGAGGGCGAGGUGCAGCUGGCAACAGAGCCCCAGGCCCUAGGGGAUCUUACCUCGGGGGAUACUCUGCAGGCCGUGGCAUAUAUAGCCGAUAUCAUGAAGGGAAAGGAAAGCAGCAAGAAAAAGGAUAUGAGCUUGUACCGAAUUUGGAAUUAUCUGCUGUCAAUCCAGUUGCUAUUAAACCCGGUACAGUGGCCAUCCCUGCUAUUGGGGCCCAGUAUUCCAUGUUUCAGGCAGCCCCAGCUCCCAAGAUGCUGGAAGAUGGCAAAAUCCACACGAUGGAACAUAUGAUCAAUCCCAUAGCAGUACAACCAGACCCAGCCAGUGCUGCUGCUGCUGCCGCUGCUGCCGCUGCCGCUGCUGCUGUCAUGCCUGCUGUUUCAACCCCUCCACCUUUCCAGGGCCGCCCGAUAACUCCAGUAUACACUGUGGCUCCGAAUGUCCAGAGAAUUCCUGCGGCCGGGAUCUAUGGUGCCAGUUAUGUCCCAUUUGCUGCUCCUGCCACAGCCACACUAGCCACACUACAGAAGAAUGCUGCAGCUGCAGUUUAUGGAGGUUAUGCUGGCUACAUACCUCAACCAUUCCCUACUGCUACAAUUCAGGUUCCCAUACAUGAUGUCUACCAGACAUACUGAGCUUGGGUGGGUGGGGGUCAUGAAUACAAACGAAACCACUGAAGGAACACUUUACUAUUUAUGAAGAAAAUACCUACUGCAAAAGAACAUGCUUGAACUUUAGUAAAUAUAUAUAUGUAAAACCCUGAAAGUGAAGAAUGUUAUCAGAUAUUCAUGUUGAAAUAUUUUGUACUUAUGAAGUCACUAGUUUUUGUGACUUUUAAAGUGAAUGCACCUGUAUUCCUACAUUUCUCAGAGAAUUCAAGUUGCUGUGCCUUAAGAUAAUCCCAUACUUACAUGUAUACAAUAGUAUGUUUAUAAAGGUUUUUUUUUAGCAAUUAUAUUUUCGGUAUGAAGGUUAUUUUCUUAACUUCUGCACUCCAGAGAUGUUUAUUUUGUAGUGACUUUAAUAAAUAUAUUGACUAUAUAUUAACAAGAACAUCCAUGCAGUUAGGUGAUAUUUUGAAAAGAUAUGUUCAAUAUUUAAAGAUACAAAACAUAGUAGUGCUUUAUACACACACACACACACACACACACACACACACACACACACACACACACACACACGAGUACCUUAUUUAAAAAUAAUCCUGGAAAGUGCAAUUUUAAGAUGAAUGAAGCCGCUAUGAUUUUUGCCGGCCAUUGGGAUGAUGGAGCCAUCUAGGAUACAUUCUCUUUUUGACAAAAAUCGAAACACUCAAACUCUCCUUCAAUCAAGGAAGAAGUGGUGUCAGAUUUCUGAGAAAUUUCUUAGAUUUCUGCCUCUCCCACCUACUGUGCUCUUCCACAUUUUCCAUUUACUUUUGUCCUUCAAAACUGGACAAUAUGGACAUUUGCUGAGUGAGUUGUUAGAAACAAAAAAGAAAUUGCUGACUACUCCACUCAGCUGUCUUUUGUUUUUGGUAGUGUCUUUUUAUCUGCUUUGGUGCUCUACCUUCAGAACAUGGGCUGAAGGCAGGACUUCAUAGAACCUGCAAGAGAGUACCUCUACCUAGCUUGUUCAUCAUCCAGGCCAAAAUGAAAGUUCCUUUCCAAUUCUCUUGAAUUUUGUUUUUGAAAGUUAAGUUGUAGUAACAGAGAAUGUGCUCUUUAACUGUAGACAGGGUCCAAAAGAAUUCUGCUUUAUCUACUUGUAGUCUUGUGAUCAUGUUUUGUUGCUAAAUUUCUGCUGUAGUUGGGAGUAUUAGAGAUACUAUGCUUGUAAAACAGGGCUUUCCUCCAUUCACUGUGCACAAGUAACUUCCACUUAGGUGAACUAAAUUUGGGAGAGCACAUGCAGGGGGAGGAGAAACCUCUAGGAGUUUUAAAAGUUUGUAAAUAUCUUCUACUAUACAUUUUUAAAGUUGUUUUAUGUUGCAAAAGUACAUGGUGUGUGUUUUACCAGAAAAAGCAACCAUUUUAUUUCAAUAUUAUUAAUAAGGUUGUUGGUUUUAUUGUCAUUGUUUUUGUUAUUGCUAUUAGGAAGUAACUAUAUUAUUGCAGUGUUUUGUGGCCUGUUUAAAGGCUUUUAUUUAGCAGACUGAAUGUAAAAUACAGUAAAAUGUUGAUUCUCACCCACUUUAUGAACUGCAUCGGCUUUAAUUAGACAACUUAGGAAAGUGAGGUGUGCAAUAGAUAAAGAAUAUGCAGUUAUGUUUUUAUGUCAUGUUAUGGAUCCAUAAAAUCUUUCCACCCAUGGAAUUUUUGCUGAUGGCAGUAUGAAAUUUAUGUGUGUGGACAGAAAGCAGGAUCACUCCCUUAGCAAAUAUUUUAGAUUUUGUUAAAAAAUAUAAAUUAAGAGAUUCCCAAAUGCCUAUUUUCUCAUCCUCUGAUGGGAAGGGUUUUUUAUAUAUAAACAAUAUUUAUUUAACUAUUCUAUAAAAUUAUUGAGUGCCAGAUGAGGCCUUUAUACAUUCUUACCAUUCUUUUCCAUGAUUUUAAAAAUGACACUUAGAGAAUAGAGCAAUUGUGCAAUGUUCUAAAAACAUAUCUAGAAACCUACAUCUGAACCCUAGCCUAUUAGAGUAAGUAAGGUAUUGAGAUUUUAUUUGGGCCAGAUCUUCAUCCUGUGAAACAGUGGAAGAAAUAUUUUCUUUCAUUGACAAUGGUGGAAGAUUUCUAUGGAGUUUGUUUUAUUUUUUUUAAUAGGAUGAGACUCUUGACACCUUGUUCUUACUGUAUUUUACAUGUGCCUGUAAAUUAAGUGCAAAAGAAAAAGAAGAAGAAGAACAGGUAUCUUAUCUUGGCAAACUACCAAACUACCUUAAAACUGAUGUUGGUGACUUAGCCAGUUAGAUAUCAAUGAGCCUCCUGUGUUUGGUCUUUCUGUGCUUGUUUUGAAACCAUUUCAUGUACACUACUGAGGUAAGGCUUUGACUUGAAAUGUGAAGUUUUUGGGGUUUUUUGUGUUUUGUUUUGUUUUGUUUUGUUUUUGUUUUUAGGUUAAGAACAAACUAGACCAAAAAGUUUAGUGUGACCUGUUAUUGAAUGUGGGAGUAGUUUAGCUGUUAUCUUUACUUUCUUUGUAUUUUGGAAAGCUUUUAAUUUUGUUUAGUUCUUGCUCCUUUUAUAGUGCAUUCUUAGGAUGUAGUUAAUAAAGCAUUCUUUAAAGUAA